GUCACAAAUUCUUCUAUUGUAUUAAGGAAAUGUGUUAGCUCAGGUUUACUAACAAAGAUCUUGUAGGACCCUAGAGUCGGGAUAUUUAUUCCGUCCAUAGGUGUUUUUAAACCAAACCUCUUCAAUCAAGAACAGCUUGCUCAACAUAACUUAGAAUAUCUCAUACCACCAAUCUACCUACCUUCGAAUUUCACCGAGUAACGGGUGGCAAGAUGGGUUCGCCAAGCCGUCAGCAGCCUCGACGAGCUGUUCGAGACAACAAAGCCGCCUCCCCCACCCAACCGCAACAUCCAAAUAAACCUCAUAAGUCGAGAGGCGGAAUUACAAAGGCGAAGCUUAAACAAGGGGUGAAGCACGGAAAAAAGGGAGGGAAGUUUGUACCUGGGGCGCGAGCUCGAGCGACAAAAGCCCUAGAACGGAGGGUUUCGGCCAUGGAGUCCGAGGUAGCACUGCUCGAGCAACGCGAACUUCUAGGCAUCGCCGAGGAGUCGGAAGUCAUCUCCCCGGGUAUCCAAAGUGCACCGACGCCGAAACCGACCAAGCCCAACAAGAGAGGCCGCAAGAGGAGACAAUCGGUGGAUAUGUACAUGGACUACUUCCUCCUCUCAGACGAGGAGGGAGAAGGGGAGAAGAAGAAGCAAGGAGGGAAGGAGACCGAACAGUUGCGAAGAGGUGACCGUUGGAUCCCGGAUAUGGAGCACCGAGGCCGUCUUUCCCGCAAGCCGAAUGCCGUGCCUUACCAGAUCUGGAUGGCGUAUUCUCUCAUGGACGACUACAUCUAUCGACACUCGAUAACGGAUGCGGAGGUUCUAACCCACCCUCUCAUGGACGACGUAUAUUCGUUCCAGAAUGGUGGCCCGCAGCCGGUAACGCCGGCCGGCUUUCAGUGGGACGAAAGGAGGAAUUUGGUACCGAUCCAAUUGAAGGGCGCGGAAAAGGUAGAGUUUUAGGAGGUUUGCUUUGGAUUAAUAUGUACAUGGAUUCCUUACCUACCUAGAUGUUCGGGUUGGAAAAAAAUAUGCUAUAUUUAGAUAAAACAAUGGUGUUUGAGAAGUUUAGGUGACUUUAUACGGGUUUGUGAACUUGGCCCCUUUUACAAAUGCU